CCACCUGGCAAACCUCUUGAAACCCCCUCACCCAUUCCCCGCAGCGAUCAAACGCCGCCCCCGAAAAAUCCCCAAAAUACGGGGCAAAAAUAGAACAAGAACAUGAAUUACUUGAAGAACUCGCGCUCCGUCCUCUCCAGGCUCCUCCGCCACAAGCCCACCGGCUGCCCGCGGCUGCCACCGUCGCCGCCGUUGCCGCAGGCGCCUCCCGCUGGGUACUACUUCACCUCCCCGAGUCGCCCGGAGGCCGUCCGCUUCGGCCGAGUGCUCCUCCGAAGCCCGCCGCCGCCGCCGCGGCCUGCGCAGGCGCCGCCGUCUCGGUACUUCUACACCUCCCCGCAGCGGCAGAAGGUAGUCCACUUCAACCGCCGGCGCGGGUCCCGGUGGUACCACGACCCGCGGAAGCUCACCACGGUGGUCGUCGUCUCGGGCGGCGCCGCGGCGGCCGUCUACUUCGGCAACCUCGAGACCGUGCCUUACACCAAUCGCACCCACCUCAUCCUCCUCUCGCCCCCGCUCGAGCGCCAGCUCGGGGAGUCCCAGUUCAACAAUCUCAAGAAGGAGCUGGGCCCCAAGAUCCUCCCCCCGCUACACCCCGACAGCAUCCGCGUUCGCCUCAUCGCCUCGGAGGUCGUCCGCGCCGUCCACCGCGGCCUCGCUGGAAGGCACCACGACGCCUUCGCCGCGGAUGACGCCUCCUACGGCGACAUCUCCACCGACGUCGUCAUCAAGAACCACGAGGCCGGCGCGGAAGACGUGAUGCUCGGCCGGUCCCGUGGCAACAAGAACGCGAGCGUGGCUGCCGCGGCCCAGCGAGACGAGGAGGUUCUGGAUGACAGAUGGGUCACCGAGAGCCGCGACCGUGGGAAGGCACGGGGAGCACAGCCGGAGACGAGGCAUCUUGAUGGGCUCAAUUGGGAGGUGAUCGUUGUCAGAGAUGACCUCAUCAAUGCAAUGUGCUUGCCCGGUGGCAAGAUUGUAGUCUUUACUGGACUGCUCAACCAUUUCAAGACUGAUGCUGAGAUUGCUACUGUGCUUGGGCACGAGGUUGGGCAUGCUAUUGCAAGGCACGCUGCUGAGAUGAUUACGAAGAACUUGUGGUUUUGGAUCCUGCAGAUUGUGAUCAUGCAGUUCAUUUACAUGCCAGACAUGAUUAAUGCAAUGUCGACGCUACUCCUGAAGCUUCCCUUCUCACGGAGGAUGGAGAUAGAGGCAGAUCAUAUUGGGCUGCUGGUACUUGGUGCUGCUGGUUACGAUCCACGCGUAGCUCCCUCAGUCUACGAGAAACUAGGAAAGAUCGCAGGAGAUUCAACGUUGAGUAAUUACCUCUCCACUCAUCCUUCGAGUAAGAAAAGAGCACAGCUUUUGAGGCAAGCCAAGGUCAUGGAUGAAGCACUGAGAUUAUACAGAGAAGUUAGCUCUGGCCAAGGCACUGAAGGUUUCCUGUAGGUUCUAUGGCUUCAGAUUCAGAUCUCAAAACUCUCGAGCUGGUUUCUUACUAGUGCCCUAACAAAAGAACACGCUCUUACCAGCUGCACAGCGUCAUCCUAUAAUUUUUUGGUUGUUUCUUUCUGCGUCUGAGUGCUUGGUAUCGCCAGUUCUGAAUUCUGAGGGUAAAUGUGUACCCUCGUUACCGAAGCAGGAAGUCAGCUGCGUCAUCUGUGACUAGGAAAGAGUAAAUACUAGUACUACAUUUUUUUUUGUGUCAAUAAUUGUUGAUUUACAGCACUUUUUUUUGCCCCCAUUGCCCUUCGGUUCGUCGAUGUUGGUGAUCAGUCCAGUAGCUCUUGUUAUUACCAAUCUAGUCUACCAAAUCGUGGAUAAUUGCAUCAUGGCUGGUUAGACUUCAGAAACUGGAACCUUUGAUGUGCUUGUGCUGUUCAUUCAAUCCAUAAACGACAGCCUAUCAAUAAUUCCAUAUGUAAAGUACUAUGCAACCGAUCAAUAAUUUCAUGUGUGGUAGUAGUACCAUGA